CAGACGUGAAAUUCCACCAGGGCACCCCUCGGGGCAGGUCAGAGCUUCUCCUGCCCCUCAUGUGGGGCACGAAUUCCGCUCCAGUCACGUCAGCUUCCACGUUCCUGGCAGUUCAAAACCUGCCACGUGCUGGGGCCUGGUCCUUGUCACACCGACAGUCUGUACUGGGAAGUGGCUUUAAACUGGAGGAGGGUAGAUUUAGGUUGGACAUUAGGAGGAAAUUUUUCACUGUGAGACACUGGAACAGGCUGCCCAGGGAAGUUGUGGAAGCCCCCUCCCUGGAAGCGUUCAGGACCAGGCUGGAUGGGGCUCUGAGCAGUCUGGUCUGAUGGGAGGUGUCCCUGCCCAUGGCAGGGGGGUUGGGACUAGAUGACCUUUAAGGUCCCUCCCAACCCAAACCAUUCCAUUAUUUUGUGAUUUGUUGAAAGGAGUGUAGCGCGCAGGUCUUGCUCACCCAUCCUAGUGAGUAGCUCCUGGGGUGGUAACAGCAGGGUCGGGGCACCCGGGGUGGCCCAACCGUGUUUGUGCUUCCUCGCUAAGAUCCUUGUUUCUUCACAGAUUUGCUGUGUUGUCUCAGACUUUCACCCUGUUACCUGGUUCACUGCAGGCAGCGGUGGCUCUGGGUCUUCGGUGUGCCAACGUACCAGCAGCAGGAGGUUUCUCCACUAAACAGGAGGAUUUUGCUCAUCCCUAAAGCUUUCAGUCGGGUGUGGUAUAAUUUCUGCGUUUUCCCUCCUAGCCUGCAGGAAGGCACAGGCCUGGGUCUGCCUCGUUUUUCGGCUGUGGGAUGCCAAUUGCCUAAGGAUGGGGAGUGGGAGAAUGAUCCCAUGACUUCUUCAGCUGUGCCUGGAGUGCAGGAUUAUAUCGAUUUCAGGAGGAUAUUGUUCAUGGAGGAGGGGAUUGUAACACCAUUGUAAUGCCUUUUGCAUUACCUGUUUUUCUUCUUUCAGUAUUUGAAGCAAAGAUGGUUUUUUAAUUUCUUCAAAUAUUUUCUUAAUUAAUGUUUUGCUGUAAUUAUUGUUCUUAUAUAAGGCAUGAUGAGAAGGCAUGAUUUCUCAUUCCAUAAUUGUCAGCGUUCUGAAAUGGAAACAACUUAUUUUAUAGUCAUAUUUCUGUUAAAUACUAACAAAAGGGACUCCAUUUAAACCCUUUCUAGCCAAACCUGUUCAUCUGAGAGUAACACAGUAGAUUUUCUUCUUUUAGUCUGGUAAAAAGAGUUGGAAGCAGAGUGGAAGUUUAAAUCUGUAUGUGAUGGCACACUGAGAAGGUUCUGUAGUUCAAGGACUUCUUAAAAGUCCUUUUACAGUCAUUUUUUAAUUUAUUGCCACCCCAAUACUAUCUUUGUUUACAUUUCCCUGCAGUGAUCACUAAUUUAUUGCCUGCUCUUUCACAAUGAAGGCCAUGGAGGACCAAGUAGUCCAAGAAGAACCAGGAUACCAUGAUGAUGAGGAAUCAUUUUUUCAGGAUAUUGACCUGCUACAAAAGCAUGGAAUUAAUGUAGCAGAUAUUAAAAAACUGAAGUCAGUUGGGAUCUGCACAAUUAAAGGAAUUCAGAUGACCACGAGGCGGGCACUGUGCAAUGUGAAAGGGCUUUCAGAGGCCAAAGUGGACAAGAUUAAAGAAGCUGCAAACAAGCUUAUUGAACCAGGCUUCCUGACUGCCUUUGAGUACAGUGAAAAACGGAAGAUGGUAUUUCAUAUUACCACUGGGAGCCAGGAAUUUGAUAAACUUCUGGGUGGUGGGAUUGAAAGCAUGGCAAUCACUGAGGCCUUUGGAGUGACAGCUCAGCUUCCAGGACCAAAUGGAUAUACAGGUGGAAAAAUUAUCUUCAUUGAUACUGAAAACACUUUCCGGCCGGACCGUCUUCGCGACAUCGCUGACCGCUUCAGCGUUGACCCCGACGCUGUGCUCGACAACGUGCUCUACGCACGCGCCUACACCAGUGAACAUCAGAUGGAACUGCUUGACUACGUCGCAGCCAAGUUCCAUGAGGAAGCUGGUAUCUUCAAGCUGUUGAUCAUUGACUCCAUAAUGGCACUUUUCCGUGUGGAUUUCAGUGGUCGUGGAGAGUUGGCUGAACGACAACAGAAACUCGCUCAGAUGCUGUCAAGGCUCCAAAAAAUAUCAGAAGAAUAUAACGUGGCUGUGUUUGUGACCAACCAGAUGACUGCUGAUCCAGGAGCAACUAUGACCUUUCAGGCAGACCCAAAAAAGCCCAUUGGGGGCCACAUCCUUGCUCAUGCUUCGACUACCAGGAUCAGUUUGAGGAAAGGGAGAGGGGAGCUGCGUAUUGCAAAGAUAUAUGACAGCCCUGAGAUGCCUGAAAAUGAAGCCACAUUUGCAAUAACUGCCGGAGGGAUUGGGGAUGCCAAAGAAUAGACAGAAAAAAGGAUAUAACUGUACAGCUGAAAACCACCUGGGCAGUUGGGAUGAAGGUUUGUGCAAGGUCACCAGCUGCCUGGCUGCACUUCUAUCUGUUGGGAACCAUUUGAUUUAUUUUUUGAGAGAACACUGGGAUGAACUCUCUACAGUUCAGUUUUAUUGAUCUUAACAGAAUUUGGUUCAUUUAGGAUCUUCAUUUUUCAGUUGAACUUUCAGCAGACAAAGAUUUAAAAAAUAAGCUUGUGAAUUGUUCAAAGAAUCCUCGUCCUACAUUUUAUGAAAGUCAAAGCUGUCCUUUUACAUGAGAUUGGUGUACUCUUUUUUAGUUUAUUUCAAAGACAGUGUCUAUGUGGUAGAAUAGUGCAAAAUGGAACAGAAUUGGAAUAAACUCAGUUGUAAAACUGGUAGAAAUAGAUGGAAAAGGCAGUGACAGGAGCACUUCAUGGAAUCUCAUGUACCAUAGAAGAACAACAGCUACCUAAAAUGUAUUUUUUUAGGCAUUUUUGACUAGAUAAUUUUGUAUUUUUUUUUAUCAUUUUCUAUUUUUUGGAGGGAACAUUUUAAAACUGUUCUUACUGAAGUUAAAAAAUAAAGAUUGUUAAUUAGAACAGCA